CCAGCAGAUUUUUUCAGAAAAUAAUACAGAACAUAUGAUUCAAGGAUGUCUCUCUCUCUUAUAAUAAAAUGGGGUGGACAGGAAUAUACAAUAACCUCACUAUCAGAAGAGGACACAGUGUUGGAUCUGAAACAGUCUCUUAAAGGCCUUACUGGAGUGUUACCAGAGCGUCAAAAACUGCUUGGACUUAAGAUGAAGGGCAAACCUGCAGAUGAUGAUGUUAAGCUUGGAGCUCUAAAGUUAAAGCCAAAUACUAAAAUCAUGAUGAUGGGCACUCGUGAAGAGAGUUUGGAAGAUGUUCUUGGGCCACCCCCUGAUAAUGACGAUGUUGUGAAUGAUUUUGAUAUUGAAGAAGAAGUUGUUGAAGUAGAAAAUAGGGAAGAAAAUCUACUAAAAAUUUCACGCAGAGUUAAAGAAUACAAAGUGGAAAUUCUGAAUCCUCCAAGGGAAGGAAAAAAGCUACUGGUGUUAGAUGUUGAUUAUACACUAUUUGACCAUAGAUCGUGUGCUGAAACUGGGGUAGAACUAAUGAGGCCAUAUCUUCAUGAAUUCCUGACAUCUGCCUAUGAGGAUUACGAUAUUGUUAUUUGGUCUGCUACUAAUAUGAAGUGGAUUGAAGCUAAAAUGAAAGAGCUUGGAGUGAGUACCAAUGCCAACUACAAGAUAACCUUCAUGUUGGACAGUGCUGCAAUGAUAACUGUGCACACUCCUAGAAGAGGACUAAUAGAUGUGAAGCCUCUUGGUGUUAUCUGGGGAAAGUUUUCAGAAUAUUACAGCAAAAAAAAUACUAUUAUGUUUGAUGAUAUUGGCCGAAACUUCCUAAUGAAUCCACAAAAUGGACUCAAGAUAAGGCCUUUUAUGAAAGCACAUUUAAAUCGGGAUAAAGACAAGGAACUUCUAAAACUCACUCAAUACCUCAAAGAAAUAGCAAAAUUAGAUGACUUCUUGGAGCUGAAUCACAAACAUUGGGAAAGGUAUCUUUCAAAGAAGCAAGGACAGUAAUGCUAAUAAAAGUGUGUGGCACUGAAUUGACGGGAACAUAACUAAGAUCAUUGGACUUUUCCUUGCUUUUACGCUAGAGUGUAAUAGUGCUGGACACUGGAUCCAAUGCCAGAAUGACUGCUAUACUUGGUCUUCCAGUUGGUUGGUUGUGGGUUUUUUUUUUUUUUUUUUUUUUUAAAAAGAUCACAGCAAUAAGCUUAAAGCAGGAGAAAUCAGUUACCUUCUCUUGCAUUCAUUUCUGAUGUCACUACUUAAAACUUUCCUCUCCUUUGCUACCAAAACCCAACCAUAACCAUUAAAGACCAAAAUCAUUCUGAAACUAGAAAAAAAAAUUUAGACCAAAAAAGUUGAGUAAGGAGCCAGCAUUGGCAGUAUAUGAAUUGUAUGAGCCCUCUCUUCCCACCAUCUUUAGAAACAGUCUCCCUCUCCCAUUCCAGUAUUUAAGUCUAUAAAUUACAAGUUGUCUAAGUUUGGUACGUAUUAGUAUGUCAGUGUUUCUCUGUGCAAGACAGUAAGAUGGAAAAAAACUGUGGCCAAUCUACACCAAUGUCAGAACUUGUACUAUAAAACAGUGUUUACUGGAAAAAAAGAAAAAAAAGAUUGAAGUUUGAGGGAGAAAAUUCUACUCUUACUUGGUAAGUGAAAAGCAGUCUACCUGAAAAAGGAAUAUUCUUCUAUGUCAGAUAAAGGGUUUAAACCUCAGAAGGGAAAGUCAUAUUCCUAACAAAGCAUGAACAAAACCCCUUGUUCUCUUCUAGCUAAAUCUUGUCAAAGUGCAAACACUGUGUUUAAAUACAAUAUUCAGCCAUA